AUGGAUCCCACAACCGACGAGUCCAGCCAAAAGCCGUCGCCAGCAUACUAUGACCUCGGCACAUACUCUCGCCCCGUGACUACCUCCAACGACGAGGCCCAGCGCUGGUUUGAUCGUGGCCUCAUAUGGAGCUUUGCCUUCAACCAUGAAGAGGCUGCCGCCUGCUUCGAGCGUGCCAUUGCAAGCGAUGCGGAAUGCCCCAUGGCUUACUGGGGGCUAGCCUACACUCUCGGGCCAAACUACAACAAACCCUGGGACUUCUUCGAUGCGGCUGAGCUCCAAGACAUCGUCAGGCGCACCCACGCUGCCGUCGAGACGGCCCGUGAAAAGGCUGCCACUCGCGGGUCUCCCGUCGAGAAGUCUCUCAUCUACGCUCUAGAGAGCCGCUACCCCCACGCCUCUGCGGACCACAAUGGGCAGACCGCGGAGUGGAACUCGGGAUAUGCCGAUGCCAUGGCCAAGGUCCACAACAGCUUCCCUCGGGACCUCGACGUCGCAGCGCUCUUUGCUGACGCCCUCAUGAACCUCACGCCAUGGCAAUUGUGGGACCUGUCAACUGGUGAGCCUGCCGAGCAUGCUCGUACCCUCGAGGCAAAAGCUAUCCUCGACCAAGCUUUGGCACAACCAGGCGGCAUGCAGCAUCCAGGUCUGCUACAUCUUUAUAUCCAUCUCAUGGAAAUGUCAUCGACACCCGAGGCAGCCUUACCUGCUGCCGACCGCUUGCGCAAUCUGGUGCCCGAUGCCGGUCACCUUCAGCACAUGCCCACGCAUAUCGAUCUGUUGCUGGGCGAUUACCAGAGAGGCAUGAAGUCGAAUCAGGCCGCCAUCGUAGCCGACGAGACCUACCUAGAGCGUGAAGGUCCGCUCAAAUUCUAUACCCUGUAUCGCAUGCAUGACUACCAUUUCCGAAUAUACUGUGCCAUGUUCGCGGGUCAACGUCGUAUUGCCUUGGAAACUGCUGAGCGUAUGAAUCUCAGCCUAUCGCCAGAACUGCUCAAGGUCAAGUCACCACCCAUGGCAGACUGGCUUGAGGGUUUCGCCUCCAUCAAGCUGCAUGUUCUGAUUCGCUUCGGAAUGUGGCAAGAGAUUCUCAACGACAUUCUUCUCCCAGAGGAUCAGGAGCUCUACUCGGUCACGACAGCUAUGACACACUAUGCCAAGGGGGUAGCAGCUUCUGCCACGGGAGACGUGUCGUCUGCAGAAGUGUCUCGUGCAGCCUUUUCAGAAGCAAUGGGCAAGGUUCCCGAAUCGAGGAUGUUGUUCAACAACAAAUGUGUCGACAUCCUCGGCGUUGCAUCGCUCAUGCUGGAUGGCGAACUCGAAUAUCGCAAAGGCAACAUGGACAUUGCAUUCUCGUCCCUACACAAAGCCAUUGAAGCAUGCUAUGCCCUGCCGUAUGAUGAGCCUUGGGGUUGGAUGCAGCCGCCCAGUCACGCGCUCGGAGCGCUCUUGCUCGAGCAAGGCAGGCAUGAAGAGGCGGCUAAGGCAUAUGCGGACGAUCUUGGUAUCAAGAGCGUUUUGCCACGAGCUCUGCAACACCCCAACAACGUAUGGGCCUUGCACGGAUACCAUGAGUGUCUUCUCAAGCUUGGUAGAAACGCAGAAGCUCAAUCCCUUCACCCCGAGCUCGAUCGUGCCCUGAGAGCUGCAGAUGUGUCGAUCAACGCUUCAUGUUUCUGUCGUCGUCAGACCCAGUCAGGCCAGUAA